GCUUGGCAUACAACAAUGUUUGCUACUCUGCUGGUGCUCAUCUUGGGGUCGACCGACAUUUUGGCCACAGACUAUAUAUUAUUGGUUGAGGAUCCAGAUAUCUACACGCCGUGCAGUGAAGGACCUCCUGGAUCUGUUAGCCUGAAUGAAGCCUUCGACGUAAGCGAAAUGCAGGUUGAAAUGGAUGAGGAGGGGAUUCAUGUGUCCGGAAAUAUUACUGCUAGAUGGAGCGUGCCGCGCACGAAUCGAAUUUCUGCCAAGAUGAGUGUUCUCCACUUUAACCGCGGUAACUGGGAGCCCACAGUAUUUAACUCUCUCACGCCGGACUUCUGCGCUGUGAUGUUCAAUCCAAAUCUGUUUUGGUAUAAAUACUGGUUCAAAAAUUUUGAAAACCAAGAGGAGAUCCAAGAAAAGUGCCUCGCUACGCAGGGUACCGUUCUGGUGUACAACCCCUUCGUUGUGAUUCCGCGACUAAAUAAUGUAAUGGGAGCCACUCUCAAAGGACGAUACAAGGUAGUUUUCCUGUUCGAAGCAUUCAACGAACAGGACGAACGACAGCCUUCAUCCGUGUGCUUCGAGAUAACGGGUGAUGCUGAAAAAAUAAGGAAUUGAUAGUUUCGAGCUGUUAUAAUGUAAAUUGGCGAAUACGGUUUGGUCUUAAUAAUCCUAAUUGGUAAAACACAAAUAGCAAUAUAUGUAACUUCCAUCACUCUAAAUAAAUCAAGAGAGAACGCUAAAGUCGAUUUCCUCGACUAGCAGAUACCCGUUACUAAGUGAUCAAAACCACUCAAUCGUCCAAAAUAAGCAAUUCUUUUCGACAUCAGCAAAUGAAAUGGAAAUAAAUGGAAAAUAGCUUCUAUAUUGAAAA